CCCGCCGGCGAAACGGUGGGGAGGAAGGUGGGUACUUUCAAUCCCCUCUCUCAAAAAGUUCCCUAGGCAUUUUCGUAGCUGAGAAAACCCACAUGUGUUUUUCCAGUCUUCAAAAAUAUAAGCUCUCCAGGGUGGCGGCGGCGGCGGCAGCGGCGGUGGCGGUGGCGGCGGCGGCUCGGCCAGUACUCCCGGCCCCCGCCAUUUCGGACUGGGAGCGAGCGCGGCGCAGGGACUGAAGGCAGCGGCGGGGGCCAGAGGCUCGGCGGCUCCCAGGCCUGCUGAAAAUGACUGAAUAUAAACUUGUGGUAGUUGGAGCUGGUGGCGUAGGCAAGAGUGCCUUGACGAUACAGCUAAUUCAGAAUCACUUUGUGGAUGAAUAUGAUCCUACGAUAGAGGAUUCCUACAGGAAACAAGUAGUAAUUGAUGGAGAAACCUGUCUCUUGGAUAUUCUCGACACAGCAGGUCAAGAGGAGUACAGUGCAAUGAGGGACCAGUACAUGAGGACUGGGGAGGGCUUUCUUUGUGUAUUUGCCAUAAAUAAUACUAAAUCAUUUGAAGAUAUUCACCAUUAUAGAGAACAAAUAAAAAGAGUUAAAGACUCUGAAGAUGUACCUAUGGUUCUAGUAGGAAAUAAAUGUGAUUUGCCUUCUAGAACAGUAGACACAAAACAGGCUCAGGACUUAGCAAGAAGUUACGGAAUUCCUUUUAUUGAAACAUCAGCAAAGACAAGACAGGGUGUUGACGAUGCCUUCUAUACAUUAGUUCGAGAAAUUUGAAAACAUAAAGAAAAGAUGAGCAAAGAUGGUAAAAAGAAGAAAAAGAAGUCAAAGACAAAGUGUAUAAUUAUGUAAAUACAAUUUGUACUAAAAAAAAAAGAAAAAAAAAUAUAUAAGCUCUCCAAAUAUAUAUAUAUAAGCUCUCCCUUAAAAUCACUUUCCAAGCCAGUCUUGGCCGUAUUCGUCUUUUCUAAACUUAAGGUUGUCUCCACCCCUGUCAAUGGCACCCCACUCCAGUACUCUUGCCUGGAAAAUCCCAUGGACGGAGGAGCCUGGUGGGCUGCAGUCCACGGGGUCGCUAAGAGUCAGACACGACUGAACGACUUCACUUUUAU